AUGGGAGGACGAAGCAUCGUUUACAGCCAACCUGACGUAACGUACGUAGCAGAAUACAUAAAAAACAAACUCUACUUCGCAACCCUGGCGGCAGGUCGAAGAGAGGCAAGGAGCUCAUCGGAUAUUCACUUUUUCAAUACCGACAACGAGUUGGUAUAUAACAACUUUUAUAACGAUUUUGGUCCCUUGAAUUUGGCCUGCUUGUACAAAUACUGUUGCAUAGUUAAUGAGAAAUUGACAAGUCCCGCCAACUGCAAGAAACAGAUUGUCCACUACACAUCGCAGAAUCAACAGAAAAGAGCAAACGCUGCAUUCUUGAUAGCCUGCUACGCCAUUCUCUACUUGAAGAAGUCACCCAAAGAAGCUUACAAACCCCUCAUUGCAGCCAACGGGCACCCACUGAGACCUUUUCAAGAUGCUUCGAUGGGUGUCUCCAUUUAUAACAUUAAACUUCUAGGUAACAUUCUCAACAUCUUAAAAAUGAGCAAUCCUCCCUUACAACUCUAUUUGCUAAAGAUUAAAGCGAAGCUUGUUCUUCAGCUGCAACACUGUCUAAAUGCUAUCCACAAAGCAGCAGCGUUCGGUUUCUUUAAUUUCGAUGACUUUGAUCUUGCCGAAUACGAGAAAUACGAGCAGAUGCGAAACGGCGAUCUGAAUUGGAUGGUUCCACAAAAGUUUUUGGCAUUUGUUGGCCCCAGUACGGAAGUUGGAUCGGUGUAUCAUCCGCCCGAGCGCUAUCUCGAUUACUUCCAGAAAAAUAACGUCAUAGCUGUUGUUAGACUGAACAAGAAAUCUUACGAAGCAUCCAGGUUCACCAGAGCAGGAAUCACACACUAUGAUAUGUUCAUGCCUGACGGUAGCGUGCCUCCCAAAAGAGUCCUGGACUACUUUUUGCGAUUGGCUGAGACAACCGUUGGACCAAUCGCUGUGCAUUGUAAAGCGGGCUUAGGUAGAACAGGAUCUCUGAUCGCAGCCUACUUAGUCAAACAUUAUCGAAUGUCAGCGAGAGAAGCCAUCGCCUGGAUGAGAAUAUGUCGUCCUGGUUCCGUUAUCGGGCAUCAGCAAGCAUGGCUGGAGGAUAUGGAAAGUAUGCUUUGGCGGGAAGGACAACAGUAUAGGUUGAAAUACCACGGUGAUGGAGACAUGAUAUUACAUCACAAGAGAGGAAUUUACUCAAUGGCCAAAAAAGUGGAGAAGCAGCUUGACCAGACUCAUGCUACUGACCGUUUUAACGCUACUCAUUUCAACAAAUGUUUAGGCAAGUCGUCAUUGUCACAUUUGUCUAACAUGUGUCCUCCACAAUAUCAUCUGCAAAUUUCGCUGUUCAAUGUUAACAGCUGUCUGAACAAUUACCAUAUUUCAGUGGAAAACAACUCUGACAGCGCAACAGACCUGGAACUACCAGUCAUAGCGGAACAGCGAAGACACAACGUAGCUUUGACCAGAACGAGUAAACCAGGAUUAGCUAGUAUUCUAGUUCCAAUAGAUUGA